CCCUUCUCCUCCAAAGUGGACUUUGCUACCAGUGUUGUACCGAGAUCGGCCAGAAAUCAACUCAGGGUGACGCAACACCUACCUGUCGCCAGGUCCGAGCUGUGUGCAUAUGCUAUCGGUAAUCUACGGCGCCCCUUGGCGCUGUGGUAUUUGGACGACUCGUUAUCGUUUCCGUCACCCACACGCACAGGCAACGCGACAUAUAUCCAGCCGUUUCACUCUUAAAGAACUGCACCAACGGAGGGUCCUCAGAGCGAAUUCAGCGACUGACGUAUUAGCCUUCACAUGCUCAGGUUACAGCACCAUGUCAAUGUCAAAUGGCCUUCCUGCGAAACAAGCAAAGACGGAAGACAGGGCAGUGAGCAAGUUCAGGGAAUAUCUGAGGAUAAACACAGUCCAACCCGAUCCUGAUUAUGGCCCGGCCAUCAAAUUUCUGCAGGAUUAUGCAAAGGAGUUGAAUCUUUCCACAAGGGUAACAGAGAUAGUACAGGGUAAUCCCAUCCUAGUUAUGACAUGGACGGGAGUGGACCCUAGUCUCCCCUCUGUUCUGCUCAACUCACACAUGGAUGUGGUGCCAGUUUACCCUGAACACUGGAAAUAUGAUCCAUUUGAAGCAGUGAAAGAAGACAAUGGGAAUAUAUAUGCAAGAGGAUCACAAUGUGAAAUCAAAGCUUGUCUAACAUGA